CUCCUGACCAACAGGGGGCGACAGAGCAGCUCAGAGUCAAUCAGCGACUCGUUAUGUGUUUACAUGUAGCAGGACUAGCUGUAGCUUCACUGAACGCCGAGUUGAGCUAAAUUGAACUGUAAUCACUUUACAUUGCAUGUCUUCACUCUGACAAAAGCUGUGAUUCACCCAGAGAGAGACAUAACUCUGAGUCAGGCUCUGUUUGUUUGGAGAAGUCGCUCCUCAUCUGGUUAACGUGAACCAAACUACGGACGAGGACUGGCGCUGACCACAUUUCAGAGGAAAGUAUUGUAAUUACUUCGACUUGUGAGUACUUUUGCAUCAGUGCAGGUCAAAGGUCAUCUGGUCCUGUCAACAUGGUCAAACAGCAGCGGAGAAGAGACAGGUGUUUUGUUCCUGCCACAGUGAAUGGUGUGACGCGGGUUCGAUUUCCUGUUGGGCCCGUGCAGCGGAGACCACCUGUAACUCAGCAGGUUUCAGGCAGGAAGUGGGCGGGGCCAGGGACAGGAAACUCUGACAGCUGGCCAUGCUGCAGCUCUACCACCUCAGAAGAAGAGAGAGGAGACCCGGGAUCUGAUGGAGGCUCAGGCGAGACGGAGACAAAGAGAACGAGACUGGAUGGAGCAGAGGAGGCUGCACCUUUGACCAGUAGAGACAAAGUUCAAGAGUCAUGUGAUCACAGGGGACAUGAGGGCUGCUUGGCAGGUGGGAUUUUGUCCAGACUUCCUCCUCUCGACCAACAGGGGUCAGCAGAGCACAACGAGGACAGCAGAGCAGCUGAGCUGCAGACUGUGGGGUCACUAAAGGUCACCAUCCAGCAGAGCAGCGAGAGCAGAGAGUUUGGACAGAUAGACAGGACAGCUGACAAGCAAACAGGUGGACUCCACUGUCACAUCUGUGACAUCACAUGUCGCUCUCUGCAGGUGUUUCAGGAACACAUGGCAGGACCCGAGCACCUGACGAAGCUGAAGCACAUCACACAGUCUGUCUGCGUCACCACACACACACUGCAGGACAGGGGGCGUCAAUCUGACAGGCAGCGCUGGUGUGACACCUGUCAGACUCACUUCAGUGGUGAUGUCAUCACCCACCGACGGACAGAACAGCACAAGAUGUGUAAGCAGGUGUGUCGUCCCUUCUGUCCGGUGUGUAGACGUCACUUCAGGACUCCCCGGAAGUUUGUGGAACACAUGAAGUCUGCAGAACACAAGCAGCAGGUGCACCUGCAGGAGGCUCAGGAGGAGGAGCUGAUCACAGUGGACGCUGUUGGCUGCUUUGAGGGAGAGGAGGAGGAGGAGGAGGAGGAGGAGGAGGAGGAGGAGGAGGUGGAGGCAGCUGACACACAGGAAACACACAGGGAGGAAUAUGACCCCCACACCACAUAUGGAAGCAGUUUUGUGGUUCCUGUUUGUGGCUUCCUGUGUCGACUGUGUAACAAGUUCUUCCACAGAGAGUCAACGGCACGGCACACACACUGCAGGACACACACACACUACCUCAACCUGCAGAGUCACCGAGCUGCUCAGAGGAGACGAGUUGAAGACGAGGACAGACCUGCUCAGACCUGACCUGCUCUCACUGUAUCCCACAAUGCACCUCACGUUCUGCCUGCUCCCCACACUUUUAUGUCAAAGCAGCUCGUCGCUGACAUCUGGUGGCUGUUUGGUGGACUGCAGCAGCAACCCUGAAGAGUUUAGGCUUUUUCCUCUUCAUUAUUGACAGACAUGUUUCUAUAAAACUCAACGCAUCAUGGAAGUCACAACCAUAAUAAAAAUGUUCAUUUAUUGUUUGGA